UUCUACGGAGUACCGUGUAAUCGCAAGCUACCGCUUGCAUCGCAGGUUUCGUGGGUAUUCCGUGCUAAAGAGGCUUCGCUGGCGUAAUAAUUCGAUAAAAUAUUCACUAAAUAAAAGCUGUAACAUGGUUUUGGCGGAAAGGAACUCGGAAAAUGUUAGAAAUGGGCGCAGAUCAAGGGGCCCCAGCCCCAAUGGACAAUCCGAAUCCUCGAGCGAAGAAGACGGAGUUCCAGCAGAGAAAAUACGCGUUGGGAGGGACUAUCAAGUUAUUGUUCCCGAGUUUGUUCCAGUUAAUGAACGACGAUUAGAUCAAUGCCCUGAUAGAGCGCUCCUAGUGUGGUCUCCUACUACUGACAUACCUGACCAAAAAUUGGAUGAAUAUAUUAUAUUGGCAAAGGAAAAAUAUGGUUAUAACGGAGAACAAGCAUUGGGAAUGUUAUUUUGGCAUAAACAUAACUUAGAACGCGCUGUAUUGGACUUGGCUAAUUUCACACCAUUCCCAGAUGAAUGGACGGUCGAGGAUAAAGUUCUCUUUGAACAAGCUUUUCAAUUUCAUGGAAAAAGUUUCCACCGUAUUCGACAAAUGUUACCUGAUAAAUCUAUAGCCAGUCUGGUCAAAUACUAUUACAGCUGGAAGAAAACACGAACUAGAACAUCGUUAAUGGAUAGGCAAGCAAGAAAAUUAACGAGCGGCGGAAAAGAAGGUGAAAAUGGUAGCGAAAACGGAAGUGAAUUAGGUUCCAAUACAGACAGCGAAUCAGAAGAAAAAAAAUGGACGAUCCACCGCGGAAUACGUCGUGGAAAGAACCAAGCUGUGCCAGGAAGCCAAGGCACUGACGCCAAAGCCCCGUCCGACUCGGAAAACGCCCCUCAGGUUCAGGGCUCGUGUAGCAACUGUGGCGUUGCUUGUCAUAGUGUUCGUGCGACGCCGAAAGGACACGCGUGUCACAGCUGCUAUCUGCACUGGAGGCGAACCGGUGUAGCAAGGCCGUUAAGUUCCAUGCCAGGUCGUACAAAUAAAAGAAAACCACCUCGCGGCCUGGUCGUUAAUCACGAUGAUUUAGCAGCAUUGGCUGGUCAACAGAAUCAAGCAAACAACAGUUUACAAGCAAUCGACACUGAAAUUGUUAGCCUAAAACGCCAAAUACAGUCGAACAAACAACAAGUAAGUGCAUUAAAACGUAAAACGACUGACGGUAUUGAUGAUUUGCGACCACCGGAAGUAUCGAGCCGUAUAAACGCUCGUUGGACAAACGAUGAAUUAUUAUUAGCCGUUCAGGGCGUCAGAAAGUACGGAAAAGACUUCUCCGCGAUCGCUGAUGUGAUUGGAACCAAAACCGAAGCUCAUUUGCGAUCAUUUUUUGUUAAUUAUCGUCGGAGGUAUAACUUGGACGCGGUUUUAAAAGAAUACGAAGCUGAAAAUGGUCCGAUAUUGAUUGACGACGAAAAAGAAGAAAAGAUGGAUGUUGAUCAGCCAAACGAAACAGCGGAAUCAUCUCAAAAAACGAAAUCAUCCGUGGGCCUUGGACAGACAGCUAAAUAACAAAUGAGUAUAUUAUUGAGUACCAAACGUGACAAGAAUAAUCACAGACACUUUGAUAAUCGAUAAUAUCAGAAAAAAAAAGAAGGUAUUUGUCCACGAUUCAUUUUACAAUUUAUAUUUCUUUUGUUCUGUUGUUGUAUCGCUUUGCUAUUAUGGUAGUGCGAUUUUACAUUAGGAAUAAUGUUUAUUUGAACAAGGGUUGAAUACGAACAACGGAAACGAAACAGAACGAAUGAUUAGAAACUAAAUGAACAUUAAACAAAGCUUAAAACUACGUUGUACACGGCACGGUGCGUUUCCUUGGCUGAUUUGUCCUCGUAGAUAUGGUGGAGAGAGGUACUCUCGUGUGCAGCUUGGCACCAGGGAUUUCAAUUUAACGCUCUGUGAAUAGCUUGGGAUUGACAUUAGUGAAUCUUGUACCGACCGAUAGAAAGGUUAAUGAACUCGGAACGAUAGAAUUUGACAGACGCAUUGACGUCAUCUAAAAAAACAUUAGCUUGCGUCCAUGACGCCACGCUGCACUCUCGGUCUCUCGUUCCCCGGUUCCACCACUUGUUAGACUAAAUCUUGUACACGUUUCUCCUUAAUCGAAUACCAAGUGCAAGAAAGAAUUUUUGUUCAACUUGUGCGUAGUACGGCGAUUCAUACAAUGAACAUAUGGAUGAAUUGAUACGGAAGAAAGCGUGUGAAUGUAUUCAGCUAGCGUUAUGUUUAGUGUAUGAUAUAUUUUGUAUCUAUCUAAAACGAUGGGACUUUUUAUUAAGCAAUCCGAUAGAAGUGGUGUUCCAUUAAAGACAUUUAGCGUAUCAUUUUUAGAAAAUGUGUAAAUUUCGUUAAGUUAAUGCAUCCAAAUACAAGUAUAAGCAUUUUCAGUAAUAUACAUUGUAUGUAUGUAAUUAUGGAUGCAUAUUAGUUAUUUCUUUGGUGAGUACUCUGUAGCACAUAAUAUUUCUAGGUAUACAAUACGUGGAACGUAAAAUGUUCCGUUUUGACUAAUGAAAGUAAUUUAAACAAAAAGAAAUUACUGAUUUCGAAUGUGGGAAGAUUCAUUAAUAAUGGAUGAAGAAUCAAUAAGAUUGUAAAAAUGUUUAAAAAAAAAAUUCAUCGUUUCCAACGUUAAGAAAUUCAUAUAUCGCUUGGUAACAACUAUAAACAAAACAAUUUUUACGCCAGAGAAUUAAAAUGACAGUUUCGUAUGCGGAUAAUCAAGGUAUCUUGUGACUAUUUCAUUACUCGAACGAUUUUUUACCCGUGCUCAAAUAUUCACUAGCCAUUGUAAAGUUUUGCCGCUGUAAUAUUGCUACGUUUGUAUCGAUUUCAAGUUUUGCAUGCAUUUUGUGUCAAUUUAUUCCUUCUAUAUUUAAUUGUUUUUAGAGAGAGUUUCUAAGAAAUUUAAAUUGUUUACGUUACGGAAUUUGAAAUAUACAGAUAAGGGGGGAAAAGUAUAAAUGAAAACAACCACUAUUUACAUUUAAUUUAUGUAGAAUAUUUUCAAAAUAAUUUUAAUACUCUUCGUGUAGUUAUAUAAGAUUUUGGUGCCGGAUGGAAAUUCUUGUAUUCGUGCCUAUGCAUUUCUGGGCGUACAAAAAAGGUUUAAGGAACACAAGGUUGCAAGUUAAAGAGAUAUUUUUUCUUUUCUCUCUCCUCGCGUCUCUUUAUACCAAACUGCCGUGUGUACCUUUAAACUAUAAUAACGUUAAAAUUUGCCGUGAGUCAGACAAUCUUCCACUCUAUACAGAAACAAAAUGACGAGGGAAAAAAGGUUUCUAUGCAUCUGUCGAUUUUUAAAUGGUUGAAAUUAUUGAUUAUGAUUACACGAAACAGAAGAUUGAAAGGAAAAGGUUUAACACAUUCGUUGCUAAAUUAUUUUAUUUAAAAUAUGGAAUUGCAACGAUUGCGUUAAAUAAGCUAUCUGCUAGAGAAAUAAUGCUCAAUGAAAAGGUACAGUUUCAUUCAAAUUUUAAGAAAAGAAUUGUAAUAUUUUAUCAUGAUACAUCACAGUGUGAAUUUCUUUUACAAAUUUUAUAGAAUAACAAAUUUGAGGGGUUGAAAAUCGUGCUGCAAAAAAAAAAAAAAAAAGAAAUAUCAGAUUAAGGAAAAUAAAUAUAUUUUUGUGGCUUACUGCUACGUACUUGAUCCAGUUGUAUAAAAAAAAAAAUAAUGGUUCCUGAAUAUUUCUAUUGUAUUAUGCAAAAUUAUGUAACAAAAGCACAUAUAUAUAUAUAUAUAUAUAUUAAAAUUGACCGUAUUGCUAAAUAACGGUGCUUAUAUAAUAACGAGCACAAGUUUUUGUACUCCGAUAUAGAGGAGUAUCUCAUUUAUAAUAGAAAAAUAUAUUGAAUAAUUUUAACGGGGCAAGUUCUCCUCACACGUACAAGAAAAAAAAAUACUUUCAAAGAAAUUUCCCAAAAUAGUUUGUUGUUCUUACAAUGUUACAUGUUCGAACGAAUAUAAAACGCAUAUAUCUGCUUACAUCUUGAUAUAGUUAUAAUUUUAGAAUGAUAAAAAUGUUCUCACUGAAUCUAUUUUCAAGAAAUCAUUUAAUCGCGUCAAUUGUUCUAAAAAUUCAGACUUCGUGUUAACUGUAUUAUAGAUAAAUAAUAAUUACUUCGAUUCGUCUUUACUGAUCAUUAAAGCCAACCUAAA